CAGCUCUAUCUUCAUUCUCAACUCCAAACCCUAGCUUCACAAACUCUGUCUCUCUCCCUUACACCGUCUUUCAAAUUUUGUUCACCGUAUUCUAUAUGUCAUCUAAAAUGGAGGGUUUCUAUACUCAUUUUUUAGUUUUCCUCUUGCUUGCAAUUACAUGCAGUACAAUAAUAUGUGUUCAAGGACAAGGAACUCGAGUUGGAUUCUAUUUUAGAACAUGCCCUCGAGCCGAAUCCAUUGUCCGAGCGACUGUCCGCUCCCAUAUUAAUGCAACCCCUAAAAUGGCCCCAGGGUUACUGAGAAUGCAUUUUCAUGAUUGUUUCGUUCAAGGUUGUGAUGCUUCAAUUCUUAUUGAUGGAGCUUCCGCAGAAAAAACUGCUCUACCUAAUACUUUAUUGAGAGGUUAUGAAGUCAUUGAUGAUGCAAAGAAACAGCUUGAAGCUAUUUGUCCUGGUGUUGUUUCCUGUGCUGAUAUUCUUGCCCUAGCUGCAAGAGAUUCUGUAACACUAAGUAAUGGACCAAGUUGGCCAGUGCCAACAGGACGCCGUGAUGGGCGUGUAUCAUUAGCUUCCGAUGCAGCUAAUCUUCCUGGUUUCACGGACUCGAUCAAUGUACAAAUAAAAAAAUUCGCUGAUAAGGGACUCGAUAUUAAGGACCUUGUUAGCUUAGUUGGAGGUCAUACCAUAGGGACAUCAGCUUGCCUAUUUUUCAGAUACAGACUAUACAAUUUCAAUUCAACCACUGGGGCCGACCCAUCAAUCGACCCAUCAUUUCUUCCAACUCUACGUAGUCUAUGUCCAGAAGAUGGUGACGCAACUAAGCGUAUCGCAUUAGAUACUGGUAGUGAAGGAAGGUUUGAUUCGACUUUCUUCAAUAACUUGAGAAAUGGAAGAGGAAUUCUUGAAUCUGACCAAAAACUAUGGACUGAUUCAGCAACACAAUCCGUUGUUCGACGGUUUUCUGGCCCCUUUAGAGGUUUAAGUAAAUUGUUAUUCAAUGUUGAAUUUAGCCGAUCAAUGGUGAAGAUGAGUAAUGUAGGUGUCAAGACUAGUUUGGAAGGAGAAAUUCGAACAGUUUGCUCAAAGAUUAAUUGAUCAAGUAAUAUAAUUACGGUUCUUAAUUAAUUUGAAUCUUGAAAUUGUUGAUUUGCUUGUAAGAAUCUUAGUGUAAGCUAAGAUUUAUUUGUUUUCAUUAAUGUAUUCAAUUAAUUUUGAGUGU